GGCUAAAGCUGCGAGGUGAGUCAGUCACCUUGAGAGGGGCGAGCGCCGUGUGCCGGGCAGGGUCUGCGGGGGAGAGGGUGUGCAGACUGAAAAAAUGCAGACCACCGGGGCAUUGCUUAUUUCUCCAGUUCUGAUGCGCUGUUGUACCAGGGGUCUAAUCAGGCCUGUGUCUGCCUCCCUCCUGAGUAAGCCAGAGGCUCCAUCUAAACAGCCUUCCUGCAGUGGCUCCCCCCUCCAGGUGGCCAGACGGGAGUUCCAGACCAGUGUUGUCUCCCGCGACAUUGACACAGCAGCCAAGUUUAUUGGUGCUGGGGCUGCCACAGUUGGUGUGGCUGGAUCAGGGGCUGGCAUUGGAACGGUGUUCGGCAGCUUGAUCAUUGGCUAUGCCAGGAAUCCGUCUCUCAAGCAACAGCUCUUCUCCUAUGCCAUUCUGGGCUUUGCCCUGUCUGAGGCCAUGGGGCUCUUCUGUUUGAUGGUCGCCUUCCUCAUCCUCUUCGCCAUGUGAGGCUCCGUGGGGGUCACCCAGCCGUCCCCACUGCUUGACUCCAUGCCAUUCCAGGUGCUGGAGUGUGCUAAGCUUUACCAUUAAAUAUGACGUUUCUCUAAACCCA